UCAGUAAAUUGGAUCAAACCACACCCACUUCCUUUACGCUAUCACGUUUGCGCAGAAACGCUUAAGAAAGUUUGUCCCGGGUCGCUCUCCGUCCUCCGCCCGGCUCUUCGGCGCGCGCUGGUCUCCAGGGCCUAGGAGUCCGCGAUGGCGUUCCUGUGUCAGCGCGACAGCUACGCGCGGGAGUUCACCACCACCGUGGUCUCCUGCAGCCCCGCUGAGCUGCAGACGGACGCGAGCGGCGGCAAGAAAGAAGUGCUGAGCGGUUUCCAGGUGGUUCUGGAAGACACGCUGCUUUUCCCCGAGGGCGGGGGCCAGCCUGAUGACCGUGGUACCAUCAAUGACAUUUCUGUGCUGAGAGUGACCCGCCGCGGGGCCCAGGCUGAUCAUUUCACACAGACAGCUCUGUCCCCUGGGAGCCAGGUCCAGGUCCGGGUGGACUGGGAGCGGAGGUUUGAUCACAUGCAGCAGCAUUCAGGACAGCAUCUCAUCACAGCAGUAGCUGACCAUCUCUUUGGGCUGAAGACGACAUCAUGGGAAUUAGGGAGACUCCGGAGUGUGAUUGAGUUGGACAGCCCUUCUGUGACUGCAGAGCAGGUAGCUGCCAUUGAGCAAAGUGUCAACCAGAAAAUCAGAGAUCGGCUUCCUGUGAGUGUGCGAGAGCUGAGCCUGGAUGACCCUGAGGUGGAGCAGGUGAGGGGCCGGGGUCUCCCAGAUGACCAUGCUGGGCCCAUUCGCGUUGUUACCAUCGAGGGUGUCGAUUCCAACAUGUGCUGUGGGACCCACGUGAGCAAUCUCAGUGACCUGCAGGUCAUUAAGAUUCUGGGCACUGAGAAAGGGAAAAAGAACAAAAGCAACCUGAUAUUUCUGGCUGGGCACCGGGUACUGAAGUGGAUGGAGCUAAGUCAUGGGAGAGAGAAAGCGCUGACCACACUGCUGAAGUGUGGAGCCGAGGAUCAUGUGGAAGCAGUGAAGAAGCUCCAGAAUGCCACCAAGCUCCUGCAGAAGAACAACCUGUGUCUCCUCAGAGACCUGGCUGUGCACACUGCCCACAGCCUCAGGAGCAGCCCAGACUGGGGAAGUGUGGUUACACUACACAGGAAAGAGGGUGAUUCUGAGUUCAUGAAUAUCAUCGCCAAUGAGAUUGGGUCAGAGGAGACCCUCUUGUUCUUAACUGUGGGGGAUGAGAAAGGUGCUGGGCUCUUCUUAUUGGCAGGGCCAUCGGAGGCCGUGGAGACCCUGGGGCCCAGGGUGGCUGAAGUCUUAGAAGGCAAAGGAGCAGGGAAGAAGGGCCGCUUCCAGGGCAAGGCCACCAAGAUGAGCCGUCGGGCAGAGGUGCAGGCACUUCUGCAGGACUAUGUCAGCUCACAGAGUGCUGAGGAGUGAGGGGCCAGGAUGCCCGUCCCCGUGACCACAGCAGUCUUUUGGACAGUAAAAGAGUGUCACCCACA